AUGGCAUACCACCACUCGAGCGGUUCUUCCGCUGCCUCGGGCUUCGAGUAUGCGCAGGUAGGCCACUCUUUCGCUAGUCGUCCGAGUGCUUCUCAGCUCAACGGCCCUCCGUGCCAGCCGUUCCAAGAGUCCCAAUUCGACAUCUUCGAGUGGUACCCCAAGUUCCAGUCGUGCUUGCGCUAUUUCCUGGACCACGCCCAAUACAGCGGGCCCAUCCAGGCCGUGGCCGCCUUUGUCAAUAUCCAGCUCCCGUUUCAAAAGACCCACAACCCGGUCCUGUCCUCAAAACACACCGGCCCAAACUCUCCCGCCGGGCCCGGGCCCUCGACGCCGUCCACGGCUCGAGCCGCCGGGAAGAUGCCGCUCGGUGCUCAGCUGCCGUCCUCGACACACACGACACUGACGCCUUACAUCCGGCGUCUGGUGGCCACUGGUUUCGACUACCCCGCCGUGUUACACGGCUUCUUCGGCGACGACUGGGUGGGUGGCAUCGGCCCCAUGCACGAGGCAGAGCGCCGCAACUACAUGUUUGCCGCCAAAAGCGAUACUUGGCUCAAGGUCAAGUCCCACUACGACAUGGACGGCGAGCAGCAGGUUCCCUUUCUUCGGCCUCUAACGAACGUCACCGAGAAGGAGAUUCAGAGUGCCGAGGCCCAGUGGAGUGAGUGGCUCGCCAUGCAGGAUUGGAUGGUGGGACCGCGGGCACCGGAGCAGGAACCGACGAUCAAGCAGGAGGAUGACUAG